AUGUUUACUUUCUUUAUCAAUCAGGUGACCUCCCUGAACACAUCAGGAAUACACUGUUUUUUUGUUUUUGUUUUCCGACAGGUACAGUGAACUUACAUUUAUUAAAAAAAAAAAAAGAUGACAGGUCCCAAAGGAAGAAAGGCAGGCAAGGACUUUUAAACAAAGUAAUGGAUGCAAAAAGAAGGGAGAUGGAAAUCAACGAUGAGGAAUAACUAGGUCAGAGGUGGAAAGGAAGGAUAUAAAAUGAAAGAGGAAAGGAAGCGAAGAAGGGGGAAGAAGGGAGUUGGUUGGUACCUAGGUCUGAGGUGGAAGUAUGCGAAAUAAAAAGCAGGUCUCAAAGAAGAAAGAUAGAAAGCAAAGUAGGGCGCAAAGAAGGGAAGGAGGUUAAAAGCAGGUAGGGCACAAGGAAGGAAACGAGAAAAGAACAUUUAGGCAAUUAAAGGAAGAAUAGACACGUAAAUGAAAAACAGGAAGAGGAAGAAAAAAAGGUCUGACUGAGGUAGAUCUCGUCAACCAUGGCAGGUGGAAUCACAGACACGGGGGAGCCCUACUCUGCCUUUGUGGGUCUGGUGUACAUGUUCAACCUGAUUGUGGGAACGGGAGCGCUCACCAUGCCCAGAGCCUUUGCCACGGCCGGCUGGGUGCUAAGUUUGGCGCUUAUUUCCUUCCUGGCGUUCAUGAGUUACAUGACCACCACCUUUGUGAUCGAGGCCAUGGCGGCGGCCAACGCGCAGCUGCGAUGGAAGAGGAGAGAGCAGGACGAGCAGAUCCAUGACCACGACUCCACCUUGGACUACUCGGACGAUGACAACGUAGCAAGGGGACGGGGUGAGCCGGAGACAAAGCCCAUCUUGUCCGUUCAACGUUCCGGCGGUCCCGUGGACUAUUUUGACAUCGCCGAGCGCGUGGAGAUGGGCCAGAUGGCGUCCAUGUUCUUCAACAAAGUGGGUGUCAACAUGUUCUACAUCUGCAUCAUCGUGUACCUGUACGGCGACCUGGCCAUCUACGCCGCAGCCGUGCCCAUUUCCCUCAUGGAAGUGGCCUGCGGGAACCAUUCAUGCAGCGCAGGAGCUGUAAAGUACAACGACACCGACGCAUGCUGGGGCUCGGUGACAAGGAAAGAUGCCUAUAGAGUCUUUCUGAGCGUCUUCACUCUUCUGUUAGGACCGUUCACUUUCUUCAACGCACAGAAAACAAAAUAUCUUCAGAUCCUCACUUCACUCAUGCGCUGGAUUGCGUUCACCAUGAUGAUCAUCCUGGCGCUGUUGCGCAUCGGCGCCGGCGCAGGCGAGGGGCGCCCCCCCGCCGCCUCCCUGGCGGGCGUGCCCAACCUGUUCGGCGUGUGCGUCUACUCCUUCAUGUGCCAGCACUCUCUGCCCUCACUGGUGACGCCUAUUUCGAACAAGAAGCGCGUGGGCGUGCUGGUGCUGGCCGACUACGUGCUGAUUCUGGCCUUCUACGCGCUGCUCUCCUUCACGGCCAUCUUCUGCUUCGACAGCGGGCUCAUCCACGACAUGUACACCCUCAACUUCACAGACAACUGCCACGUCCUGGAUAUUGCCGUGCUGCGCUACUUCCUGGGCCUCUUCCCCGUCUUCACCAUCAGCACCAACUUCCCCAUCAUCGCCGUCACCUUGCGCAAUAACUGGAAGACGCUCUUCCACCGCGACGGCGGUACCUACCCGUGGGUGGUGGACCGUGUGGUCUUUCCGCUCAUCACGUUGGUGCCGCCCAUCCUGGUGGCCUUCUGCACGCACAACCUGGAGUCCCUGGUGGGCAUUACAGGCGCCUACGCCGGCACGGGCAUCCAGUAUGUGGUGCCCGCCCUGCUGGUCUACCACGCCCGCCGCCACGUUGAGCCUGUGACUGCUCGGCACGCCAUCAACCCACACCGCUCGCCCUUCCGCCACGCCUCCUGGGUGUGGUUUGUGGUGCUAUGGGCCAUCUUCUGCCUCAUGUUCGUCACCGCCAACAUCAUCCUGACCGACACCAAGAAGUGACACGCCCACUUUGUGCCUUUAUUUUUCUUGAUUUGUACUUAACGCCUCCCCAAUGAUACUGUACGUCACUUUUCUAUUGAAGGGAUACACCCUGGACUGGUUGCCGGUCAAUCACAGGGCACAGGUAGACAAGUUUGUAUGACUUGGGGAAAAAUACAAUUGAAAUGCCAACAUAAUCUCGAUCAUGUGUUCACCAAAUACUAAUUUGUGCUUCUGUACGGACGAAUUGAUGGCUCCCCAGGCACGACAUGGGAAUUUUGUUGUUGUUGUCAUGUUCUAGAUGGCCACAAAAUGGAAAUUUGUGACACAAUACACUAAUUCUGAGCACGUCAUUCAAAUUAGUGGCUGCCAAACAAGUAUCACAAUACUAUUUUUGUGGCCACAUAUCCCUCACGUAAUUUAUGGUCAUGAAAUAAAUAGCCACACAAAUGGUUUGUUUAUUGCCACAAUUCGGCCACAAAAUACAAUUUGGGGCCAUUCGAUGCAGGUAUACUCUGCGCACAAAUUUCUAACUUGUGGCCAUUAAAUAAUUUUAAAAAACAGCACAAUGGGUUUGGUGUUAUUUAACAGAAGAAAGUUUACAAAAGUGUAGCGUUGAUAUCUACCAAACAUUUCGGUUUCCCAGCUUCACCACAGAAGAAGGGAAGUCACAAUUUUUGUGAACUGUUGUGUGUGUGUGUGUGUGUGUGUGUGUGUGUGUGUGUGUGUGUGUGUGUGUGUGAGAGAGAGAGACGGCAUGUCAAACACACGCACACACAAAAUAUUUACGUUGUGCUUGCUAAAAAUUGCAGCGUUUUCCGAAAAUGUUUAUAUCUGACCUUGGUAAUAUGUUCUUUGGCUGAUGAUUGAGUUCAUUUUUAUUGUUCUCAUGAAUAAUCUUUUUUCGUUGGUGUUUGGACUUUAUUUGGACGCAGAUGGAUAGACAGAAGGAAGAGCGAUGACAAUAGGCAAAGAACAGCAGCAGCGACAAAACACCUAUAUUGUUUGAAACGGCUAAAAAGGAACAAAAAGUAACCUCUUACGGCAUUGAAAGAGGAAAAAAAAAUAGCAAGACUGAGAGAAUACCAAUACAUCUCUAUUUAUAUAGCGCUUUCACAACAGCUGCCGGUGUAACAAAUCGCUUGACAGAACAGUUAACAUAAAACAACAAAAAUAAUAUAACACAGAGCAUAAAACAUCAUCGUAACCACAAUUCCCGCAUACGUCUUGUUUGAAGCAGUUGAAAAAGGGAGAGAAUCAAAGUCUCCUUUCACCAUGCUCCAAACGUGCAUGACGUCCCAGACGACUGCUACAUGCUAAGUUAGAACAUAAAAGCAAGCUCAAAAUCAAUCAACCAUUGUUGCUACUCCGUGUAAGAACUGACACGCAGAUGGAAAAAAAAGCAAGAACGUGACACCAUUGAUGGUGCUUAUGACUCAUAUCUGUCAGACGAGCGUACAGAAAAGAUGAAAACAAUUGGAAGGCUCGUUAGCAUAGCAUUUCAUGUUGUUAGCAUUCACGUCCAUGAAGAUUUGAUGUUUCUCGUAAAUGUCUAUGCUUGGCCUUUAGUGCGCGCGCUAACGCUACGCUGGUAAAGGCUAAGCCAAAUCACCGACCUUUACCAGUAUAGCAUGAGGCGCCGCUCAUUAGCGUGUCACCUGUGUCGCCCGUCAUGGCUAAAAGGUCGCGUUCACCUUGGCGCCGCGAAACGCUAACGAGACAUUGCCGCCAUCACCGCUAACAAGUAUGGCGCCGCCGCCGCAACUCGUUUAAUGGCUAUCGGCAAACGAAAAGACAAAAAUUUACAUUUUCAGCCUGUCAUGCUAACGGUCAAUUAUUUAACUACGGUACUUGCUUCUGUGGACAUUUGACCUGAACUCCUGGACAAAGGCUGUACGAACAGUUAUUUCUUUGCAGCUUUGCGAUUUUACUUGAGUCUCCCGGCUCUCAUUGUGAAAUGUAAAAUCGGACUUAUUUUCUGGCCGUAAUGUUUCGAUGCUCCCAGGCGGCAUUUACGUUCAGCAGGUUGCGAUCGACUCGUCUUCGGUGGUUCAUACGUUUCCACCUUGCCUCUCACUAGCUGACCGAUCGUUUUAUCAGCCAGAUGAAGUUGCGCGUCAUCUUGCCGCGCUCCGCUCGCGACUGAUCGUCCGUCAGCUCUCGACGUCUUGACAAUCUCACCGAUCACGGCGCUUCACGCUCGUCCGACAGCUCGUCAUCAACCCGUGUGCAUGAGCCACCUCCACGUUUUUGUCGCUAGUGCCAUUUCUUGUCAGCGAAUCUCAAUUUUAAAUCAACGGACCAACAGACAAACUAACAAAUGAAUGAAUGGAAAAAAACAGACCAAUGGAACAAGACUAACCAACAAACAAACGCACAAAUGGACAAACAUGCCAAAUAGACAGACGAAAAAGUAACUAAUGAACCGACUAACAAACUAAGGAUGGAUGGACUGACAUGAACGAACUAAUGUUCGGGAGAAUGGACCAAAUACUGAACAAUUGAACUAAUAAAUGAAUAAACAAACGAAUGGACAUACAAAGAAGCAGUGUACCAUUUUUGACGAUGUUUUUUUAAAUGAUACCAUAAACUUUCCUCUACCAAAAUAUCGGAAACUUUCUCACAAAAUUGUGGAUGACGAAGCAGCAGGUGGCGCUGUAAGCAAAUCAACAAGUUUAGUUGCACUCAGCUCGGUUGUCAUGGUGAUCACCGCAAACGCGCCGCGGAAUCAUGAGAUUUUCGGCCUCUCAGGUCUCAUCGAUGUCACGUCGUUUCCAAAGCAAAAACGAGAAAUACAACAACAAAAACAACAAUGUGCUUUGCCGUUCCAAAUAAAGUGUCCCAUGAUCGCA